GUUUUUGCUUCAUCCAUUGGCAGACUUGUCUUCAUUCUUCCUCAGUUAAAAAUGGCUGGCUAUCCCCGUCCCUUAUCCUUUGAUAUAUUCUAACCCAUAAGGCAAUCAUAAGUCAAGUUUUUGGCAUAGAAUUCCAUAAACUCCAGUUUCAGGCAUAGAAUCCCAAUACCAAAGAAAGAAAAUGGUUAGCACUGCAGAAUCUCCAAUUCCAACAAGCUACGACAGAGAAAGUGAAUUAAAGGCCUUUGACGCCACAAAACUUGGCGUCAAAGGCCUGGUGGAUUCCGGAAUUUCCCAAGUACCACGGAUUUUCAUCCGAACACCAGAAAAUUCCCAAAACCCGCCAAAUCAGGCCAAAACCCAGUUCAGCUUUCCGGUCGUAGACCUUCAUAACGUCCAAAAGGAUCCGAUCAGACACAAGGAGGUGUUGGAAAAAGUCCGGGAGGCGGCGGAGACUUGGGGUUUUUUCCAAGUGGUGAGUCAUGGGUUGAGUGAGAGUGAGAUAGAGGAGAUGCUGGAGGGAGUUCAUGGGUUUUUUGGACAAGAAAAUGAGGUGAGAAAACAGUGGUACACAAGGGAUUUGAACAGGCCAUUUUUGUACAACAGUAAUUUUGACUUGUAUGGUGCUCCGGCGACGAAUUGGAGGGAUACUUUUAAUUGCAGUGUGGCUCCUAUGGCUCCUAAUCCAGAGGAUUUGCCACCACCUUGCAGACACAUUCUACUGGAGUACUCCAAGAAAAUCCAGAACUUAGGCAACACACUGUUUGAGUUACUGUCAGAGGCUCUUGGGCUCAAGCCAAACCACCUCAAAGAAAUGGAGUGCACUGAAGGUCUUGUUAUAUUGGGCCAUUACUACCCAGAAUGCCCCCAGCCAGAGCUGACAAUGGGCACAAGCCCACAUGCUGAUGAUGACUUCCUCACUGUGCUGUUGCAAGAUCAUAUUGGGGGACUCCAAGUUCUUCACCAGAAUCAGUGGGUUGAUGUCCCCCCGACCCCUGGUGCUCUGGUGGUCAACAUUGGUGAUCUUCUACAGCUUGUGUCAAACGACAAGUUCAAAAGCGUUGAGCACAGAGUUCUAGCAAACCGCGUCGGUCCAAGAGUGUCAGUGGCAUUCUUUUUCACCACAGGAAGGAUGGCCCCUUCAAGGUUGUAUGGACCCAUUAAGGAGUUGUUAUCAGAAGAGAAUCCCCCAAAGUACAGGGAAACUACAACAGCAGAGUAUUCAUCCUACUUGAUGGCCAAAGGACUUGGUGGAACUCCUGCACUGUUGAAUUUCAGGCUCUAAACUAGCCAAAAUGACAAAGAAAUCAUUUGGUUUCUAUCUGUGAUUACAUAUGGUAUGUGUUCUCCAUUGAUAUGUUUGUGUGAGUUGUACCAAAAAUUGAUAUGUUGUGUGAGGCUGAGUUUCCCUAAAAAGGACAAUUUGCUGUUUAGUUUGAUAUUUAUUCAAACUUUUUCAGUGUUUGUUA